AUGGCAGGAUUUUGCCGCAUAUGGAUUCCAGAUUUUGGACUGAUAGCUAAGCCACUGUAUGAAUGUGUUAAAGGGACCGAUCAGGAACCAUUUUACUGGACAGCAGAGGCAAAUAAUGCCUUUACCUUAAUAAAAAGAAAAUUGAUGGAAGCCCCAGCCCUGGGUCUGCCCGAUCUCUCUAAGCCCUUUCAAUUGUAUGUACAUGAAAGAAAAGGGGUGGCCCUGGGACUACUUACACAGUUAUUGGGCUCUUGGAAACGCCCAGUGGCUUAUUUCUCCAAACAAUUGGAUCAGGUUGCUAGGGGGUGGCCGGCAUGCCUACGGGCAGUUGCAGCUACAGCUCUGGUAUUAGAGGAAGCAGAAAAACUGACUUUGGGGGGAGCUGUUCAAGUAUACACUCCACAUAUGGUCCAAGCCUUACUGGACACAAAGGGGGGUCUCUGGCUCACCCAAGCCCGGGUAGCCCGGUAUCAAGCUAAGCUCUUAGAGAACCCCGAAGUUACCCUGCAGGCUUGCCCCUCCCUUAACCCAGCCACCUUGCUGCCAGAAACAGAGGGCCAAGAGCAUGACUGCUUGGAAGUUAUAGAUGCCCAGUAUUCCAGCCGUCAGGAUUUAAAAGAUCAACCUCUUCCUAACGCAGACUAUGAGUGGUACACGGAUGGCAGUAGCACUGUUGUAAAUGGACUUAGAAUGGCGGGCUAUGCCGUGGUGUCUCUCUAUGAAACUGUGGAGGCAAAAAGCCUGCCCCCCGGGACUUCAGCCCAGCUAGCCGAAAUAGUGGCUUUAACUCGUGCGCUUGAAUUGUCAAAAGGGAAAAAGGUUAAUAUCUUCACAGACUCUAAAUAUGCUUUUGGUGUACUACAUGCCCACGCAGGUUUAUGGAAACAAAGGGGAUUAUUGACGGCUCAAGGCUCUCUGGUCAAGCACGGGUUACAAAUUCUUCAGCUUUUGGAGGCCGUACAACUCCCCUUAAAAGGUAGCAGUAAUGCACUACAGGCUCAUCAAAAGAAGGAUCACAGUAUUAACCGAGGAACACUGCUAAGACUGUGGCUCUUAAACUUGUUAAAGAGAUUUUUCCUAGAUUUGGCCUGCCUCGAUGGAUGGAGUCUGACCAGGGAACACACUUCACCUCAAAAAUUGUCCAGAAUGUCUCGGAUAUCCUCCAGCUCAACUGGAAACUUCACACCCCUUGGAGGCCACAGGCCAGUGGAGUGGUAG